AUGCUGGAUUUGUCCAGCAAUUCUUUCAAUGGUGAGGUUCCUUCUUCUUUCUUCCAAAGAGCUUGGAAUUUGACUAGUUUCAAUAUAAGCAAUAAUACCUUUAAAGGAUCCAUCCCAUCCUCCCUCUGUUUCACUUCUUCUUCAUUGAUCAGGGUGUUGGAUUUUUCUUUCAAUAAAUUCAACGGCAGUAUAUCUCCCGGACUAGGGGAUUGUUCCAAGCUUAAGGUGUUUCGUGCUGGGAAUAAUAACCUCUCCGGAAUACUUCCAGAAGAUAUGUAUAAUGUUACCACUCUUGAACAAAUUUCAUUACCUCUCAAUUCACUUUACGGAGUCCUUAGUGGUCGCAUUCUCAACCUCACAAACCUGGCAAUCCUUGACCUCCAGUUUAAUCAAUUUAGCGGUGUGCUCCCUCUCCAUUUUGGGAAGCUCUCCAAGUUGAAACUGUUGCUUCUUCAGAUCAACAAUCUAAGAGGCUCUCUGCCCCCAUCUUUGAUGAAUUGCACAAGCCUUAUAGAACUAAAUUUAGGAACCAAUCACUUCGAAGGGGAUUUGUCCAUGUAUAAUUUCUCCAAACUUAGUAGGCUUCGUAAACUGGACCUGUUGAAGAAUCAGUUCACAGGUACCUUCCCCACAAGCCUAUACUCAUGCAAGUUUCUCAAAGCAAUUCGACUUAGUGCAAAUGAUAUUGUGGGACAAAUACAACCUGAAAUUCUAUCAUUGAAAUCCUUGUCCUUCCUCUCGCUUGCUCUCAAUAGAUUGACCAAUAUCACAGGGGCAAUCAAGAUACUCAUGCAUUGCAAAAGUCUCAGAUUCCUAUCCUUAGCAUCUAGUUUUGAAGAGGAGGAAGUUCCAGCUGAUUUUGGCAUGGCUGAUUUUGAUGGAUUCCAAAAUCUUGUAUUUUUGGAUUUGAGUCACAACGAGGUCACCGGUCAAAUACCUAUAUGGUUAUUUAAGCUCAAGAAGCUGGAGGUCUUAAAUCUGAAUUCAAAUAAAUUCACAGGGCCAAUUCCAAGUCUGCUAUGGACUCUUCCUAGGCUCUUUUUCGUAAACUUGGGAUUCAACCUCAUUUCUGGUGAAUUUCCAAAGGAACUUUGCAGCCUGCCAAUGCUGGUAUCUCAAAACAACAACUUGUCCACUGAUGAUCUUGAAUUGCCUAUCUACUCCACAAAAGAUGGUGGCAAGACAGGUGUACAAUACAAUUCUAAUUUGUUGUACUAUCCACGGACAAUAGACCUAGCCAGCAAUAGCUUAACUGGAAAUAUACCGAUUGAGAUUGGCCAAUUGCAGCUUCUCCGUGAGUUGUUCCUUGAAAACAAUUUCUUCACCGGCAAGAUUCCAAACCAAAUAUCCAACCUCAAACAGUUGGCAUAUUUGGAUCUCUCCAUGAAUCAUUUCUCUGGAAAUAUACCAGCAUCAUUAACAAGCCUUAAUUUCUUGGCAGAUUUUAAUGUCUCGUUCAAUAAUCUGGAAGGCCAGAUACCAACAGGCACUCAGUUCCAAAGCUUCAGUGCAUCUGCAUUUGAGGGGAAUCCCAACCUUUGUGGUUCUCCACUUCCAAAUAAGUGCCAACCACCUCCAAUUGAUGGAGAUGAUAACAACAGUAGAGAUGUCAACAGUGAGCAUCAAGUUCCAUGGAUUUUAGUUUCUGCUGUGCCUGGGUUUGUUGUAGGAUUUUGGGCAGUAUGUGGUUCUUUGAUAUUUAUCAAGACGUGGAGAUAUGCUUAUUUCCGAUUCCUCGAUAAUGCAUACGAUAGCCUCUAUGUGAUGAUAGCUGUGGGGAUCAAAAGGAUGUAG